UUCCGGCGCAUCGCCUUGAUGCCUGCUGGGAGUUGUAGUUUCUCGCGGGGGUGUGAUGGGAGUUGUAGGCCGGCACGCAUGGCGGAGAGCAGCGAGAGGAAGGCCGCGCUGGAGAUGGUCCAGGCAGAUGGGACAGAUGGAAACUGCGUCACUUUUGUCAUGCAUGAUGAAGACCACACGCUUGGCAACUCCCUCCGAUACAUGGUCAUGAAAAACCCUGAUGUGGAAUUUUGUGGCUACUGCAUCACGCACCCAUCUGAAAGCAAGAUCAACUUCCGCAUUCAGACCAGAGGGUCCCUUCCUGCUGUAGAGCCAUUCCGCAAAGGGCUGAACGACCUGAUGGGUGUUUGCCAACACGUACUCGAUACCUUUGAGAAGAGCAUGAGGAAAUACAGGGCCCAGAGGGAGGAAGAGAUGCAGUAGCAUUUGGGAAUGGUGGUCCUCAUGGACGUUUGUAAUGUUCGUGUGUUGAAUUCCCCGUGUCAAGAGUUUUUUGGUUUUGGGGUUUUUUUUAUAACUACUUUCAUGCAAAUGUGUAUUUUCUCUGAUAAUAAAGCAUAUGAAGUUUGAUGCUGCA